CUCCGAAAAAGACACGAAUCACCAACGGUGCUUCGUGGGAGCUUGCCUUCCAUUGAACCGGUUGUUGGGCCGUUCUGCUUCACCCUUUUCCCCCAACAACACUCCUACCAUGCUUUCCUGAUCGGUCGAGUUUUCAGUUGGGAGAUUCGAAAACUUGUUCUCUUCCCAAAGUUUCCCUCUUGGACACCACCCUAACAUGUCGUCGGAAAUCAUGGACGCCUACUGGGCGGCGCCGCCAAUGGCCCGUACCCUUGCGACCGCGAUCCUCGUCACGUCGAUCUCGGUGCACUUCGGCUUCGUGUCGUUCGUGUGGUUUUACUUCACUGAGGACCGGCUCCUGCGCUUCCCGCCUGAAAUAUGGCGGUUGGCCACGACCUUCUUCCUCAGCCGGCCGAAGCUCGGAAUCAUCAUGGACCCCUACUUCGCCUUCCAGUACCUCAGGGACCUAGAGGUGGCGAACUCUAGAUUUCCCAGAAAGGAGGACGUCCUCUGGUAUCUGAUAACGGUUGGAGGCUUCAUCAUCUUCCUCAACCGAACUUUUCUCGGCGGGGGGUUCUUCCUUGAUGCACUCAUCAUGGCAUUGGCCUAUACUGCCACACAGGACCAGCGGGGGAUCCGGAGCAACUUCUUCUUUUUUACGGUGCCGGCGCAGGCCAUCCCAUAUUGCAUGCUCGUCUCGUCGCUGCUCAUGAGCCCCGCGGCGAUUCCACUCCAAAUCACAGGCAUCGUAGCGGCUCACCUCUACGACUUCCUUUCGCGCCUGUGGCCCGAGUUUGGAGGCGGUAGGAACAUUCUGGCGACGCCGAGGUUUGUCUCAUAUCUAGUUCAAACGCCCAGAGUGUUGAAGCGUGACUACGGCACGGCAAUCCGCCAGCCCAACGCUCCGACGGCGGGCAGCAGCACGGGUGCGUCGACUGGCUCGGUGCUCCCAGACUCGUGGAAGACGAGAGGUGCUGGGCACCGCCUGGGUGGCAACUAGGAUCAGUGUAUUUACGAGUUUGUAAUCUACAGUAACAAUGGUAUCAUGAUGAUUUGGGACUCUGUUUGCGUCCUCGUGUACGGAGUACUGUGUUGAACAUGACCUGAAUUGGCGAACUGACAAUACAAGCUGGGCUAGCCAGCAUGUCUGGUAUAUCCAUCAGCCGGUCCAGUCGGAAUCCACACAGCAUCUGUCAACUCCAGAGCAAAGCCAGUCUGAAACAAAGU